AAUGGGGCAGCGCUUCGUGUAGGAACGGCUGUCGGGGCGCGGGGGGAACCGUCUGCGCGAGCGCCGGCGGCCGUUGGGCGGGAGCCGGGCGCUGAGGGGCAGCGGCCUCUGUGCUGGCGGCGGCGAGGGAGGGCUGAGGAACCCGAGAAAUGGCCACUACACAAUCUGUCUUCACAUUUGCUCUCUGCAUUUUAAUGAUAACUGAAUUAAUACUGGCUACAGAGAGCUAUUAUGAUAUCUUAGGAGUGCCAAAAAAUGCAUCUGACCGCCAGAUCAAGAAGGCAUUUCACAAGCUGGCUAUGAAAUACCACCCAGACAAAAAUAAGAGUCCUGGAGCAGAAGCAAAAUUUAGAGAAAUUGCUGAAGCAUAUGAAACAUUAUCGGAUGAAAACAAACGAAGAGAAUAUGAUCAGUUUGGCCGUCAUGGAGGACAAGGAAACAAUGAAAGCCCAUUUCAUCAGUCAUUUAAUUUCAACUUCGAUGAUCUGUUCAAAGACUUUGACCUCUUUAGUCAAAACUCACGGUCAAAAAAGCACUUUGAAAAUCACUUCCGAAGUCAUCGGGAAGCCCACAAUCGGCAAAGACGUUCUUUCCAAGAGUUCUCCUUUGGAGGUGGACUGUUUGAUGAUGUGUUUGAAAAUAUGGAAAAAAUGUUUUCAUUUAGUGACUUUGAAAAUGCCCACCGGCAUGCGGUGAGAACUGAUACCAGGUUUCAUGGAUCCAGCAAGCACUGUAGGACUGUCACUCAGAGACGAGGAAACAUGGUUACCACAUAUACAGACUGCUCUGGACAAUAAUGUUUUCUUUAUUUUCAUCUCUUUUCUUCUUCUUUAAACACCUUCUUAAUCUUUCUUGGUUUUGUGCUAACAUGGAAAAAAUUUUGAACUGUUUGUUCUAAAAAACUGCUAUAAAGAAAUUUAGAUGGAACUAAUCUUCAGAAUAGAAACAACAUGCAGUUGGGAAGUAAAUGCCUCAGUAACUACUUAGAAUGGGAGAGAAAUCAUCUCAUGUAUUUCUGUUUAGUAAAUACUUCCCAUAAAUUUGAACUUCAACACAAAAUAUGUAUUUUUAAUUUCAGAAAUGUAAUAUAAUUUUUUCAUAUAUGCCAAUUCAGGACCGUUUGAGUUACUGGUGCGUAUGGAUUGCAGCAGAGGACGUACUUGCAAUUUUUACCUGGUAUGGACUUAGUGUGCAAAUUUGAUGAUUUACACAAAAUAGCAGCAGAAAUAUGACUUGCCUGGGUCUCUGUUAGUCUAUCCGGCAUUGCAAAUGUAUUAAUUAAAAAAACCCCACUUUUUAAAAUUGGAAAAUAACAUGGGGGAAUAUGUUAAGAUUGUGCUUCACCUAGGAGAGUGAUGUAGGAAUUACUUUUAUUUCCAAAUAACCUUUCACUGGCCUGAAAAUAUUUUAGGAUUUGAAUAACCCUUGACUUAUUUAAGGGCUAUUCAUGUAUGUAAGUUCGUGUGUACACAAGGUCUUUUUUUUUUCCUUUCCAAAAUACAAAUAUCUAACAAGGUUUGGAAGAGCAUACUGAAAACACUCUUGUUUUAUGCUUAUUAUAUUAUCAUGUGCGCAAUGUAGUUUCUGUAGCUCAGUUUAUUGAACUUAAAUACACCCCGGUGCUCUUGUGAACUUAAACAAGGUAAGCUUGCCUACAGAUUCCUGGUGUUUCUGGAAGUUUCUAAAUAAAAAACUGAUAGAUUGUGUUUAGAUUUGACAGAUUUGUUACCUGUCAUCAGGAAUCUUUCAGCAUUGUGAUUUGAAAGGUAAAUUCUUAGCAUAAAUACAGAGUAAAACUGAAAGUUACAGUUGUAUUCAUCUAAUGUCUCGUGGUGCUAACGGGUAUCAAUUGAAACCCAUUACCAGUCUAAACUAUUUAAAACUUUAAAAAAAAACACAAAACAAACCCUGAAUAUUUUAACUGAUGUCAGUCCAAAAGUUCAGUUUAAUUUCUUAACUAGUAAUACAGUUUAUUAAAUUUGUUCCUCUUGAACAUUGGUGUCACCUACAUACUGCUAUCCCUUUGGAAUUGUGAAAUAAGAAUUUACCUUUCAGAUUGAUUAAUGAGCAAAAUGAGCAUUUUAAACAGCAGUGUUCUAAAUAGGCUUUGAGUUAUUAAAAAUGUUAUCAAAAGAGAUUUAACCCUCUGCUUCUUGGAUGGAUAUUGAAAGCUGCCUAUUUGCUCAGUAACUUUAAUCUUCCCCUCCAGGGUCCGUAAUAUUGCUUGUUCAGUUUUCAUUCACUAAAUACUUGGAAUGGAUUGUUGCAUUAUAUUAAGUGCUUUUUCUUUUCCAUGUUCUUCUUUAUUUAUUAAUAGACUAAUACCUCAUAUAUGGUCUUUAUAUAAAGCCAGUAAUUUGUGCAACAUUUUUGGAAUGUGCAAUAUUCUUGUAGUAGGAAAAGUGCUGGAGUGAGUGUGUUUGUGUUAUUUCCACCCUUUUUCUAUGUAAGUAGAGAUUUUUCAUUUCUUCUGUAAAAAUUAAUAUAUGAUUCAACCAAAAAUUGUAAUUCAUAUAGAUUUCCGCAUUUUUUUCUUUAACAUACUGCAUCAGUCCUAUGCAUGAAUCAAAUUAUCUGAUUCAUAUCAUAUGGGCAUCCAAAUGAACAAAUUUCUAACUUAAAGUUCUGAAUUACUUUCCUUUACCAAUACCAAGUUUUUUAGAGGACAUUUCUGUAUGCAUUUGAGGAGAAUUGUUCACGCUGAUAAGACUUUGGCAGGAUGUGGCCUUUAGUAUUAAAUAUAAGAGAGUAUUAGGGAUGAUGACUGCUGGAACUUAGUGGUGGGAGGCAAUUCUAGAAAGGUAAAAUGUUAAUGACUUUCUUAAUCCAGUGAGAAUUUUCUUAAUAUAAAAUAUUUGGAAACAUCAGAAUGAGCAGUUCCUAAGCACGGGAGAAGGAAAAUUUAAAGUUCCUACCAGAACCAAACUAUUGGCUUCUCCAAAGGUAGUUUUUUCUAGUUAUGGAAUUGAGCCCUUUCCUUCAUCCUGAAUUAGAGGAAUAAAAGCUAAAAUGAGCAAUGUAAAUUGUAGGAAUUGCAGCCACCCCCAAAAUUUAAGCCUGUUUUAAGUGACUGCAUGAGUUCACUAUUUUUCAAGCUAAGCUUUUAGGUUUAACCUAAAAUCAACAGUCCUUAGCUGCUUCUAGGUUAGAUUUCCCUCUUUAAGGAUACUCCAAACUUUGUGUGAAUCACAUGUACUUGUUUUCCUUAACUCUAAAGUUGAACUAUGAAACUGAUAAUAAAAUGAUAGGGUUGCCAGUUUUCUAGCUGAUAGUACCUUAAAGAGACUUCUCCCGAGUCUAUUUUUAUCUCCUUCCAUAUUAGUUCUCUUUAUUACUUGCCACAGGAAAACCAACAAAUGCUUCCUAUUAUUCCUAUGGCUUCUCAAAGUGACCUUUCUGCUUGUUUCGGUUGUUGAUCCAAGAUGAAAUCCAAAGGAGAGUUCAUAGCUAGCGUGGCAGAGUCUGGUGUGCUGCUAUCCGUGUGACUUUCUGCGAUGAGUGGGCUUUGAAUAGACCUUACCUGGAGAAAUCUGGGCAGGCUUUCCUCAGCCAGCAGUCUUCAGUUCCAUGGCUAUCAGCACACAGGCUUGCAAAACAUGUUGUGCUACUCACUUAUUCAGAGCUCUUGCACGUUCUUUUCCUAUUUAUAGUGUUUGCUUCAUGGCAGGCUCUCCAGCGGAAGUCCUGGUAUAACCUUAUGAUACCCCCUGACUUCAGAAGUUUCUUAAGUGCCAUCUUUGAUCUCCAUAUCUUGUGAAAAGACUCAGCAAAACCUAUUUUUUUUAUGCUAGUGUGAAAAUUACAAUUAACAAUUCUUUGAAAGGCUUUUAUGCAUAUGUAAUUGCAAAUGAUUGAGUUCCUAAAACUUUGCAAAAAAUAUUGGGUUUUUGUUUGAUUUUUUUCCCAUUAUACAUUUGAAACACAGUAUCUAGUGGAGAUGAAAGUACUGUAAACUUAAUUAGGGUGCCAUUACAUUAAACAUGUGAAAAUUG